CCGACGGGGGGCGGGGGGUCCCCGGGGCCGGACUCGGGCGGCCCGGCGUGCGCGGGGGCCUCGUCAGCGAACGCGUGCCAAUUGCUAGCAGCGCCGCGCUGGGAGCGGGGCCUUCAUGUGUGUGACACGCCAGCACAGCCACGUCGACACGCCUCACAGCACCGGGUGCAGAACGGCUGUACCCCUCCGCGUGGCCAUGGCAGAAUCCGACGUGUGCAUCGGGGACCAGCUCAUCCUGGAAGAAGAGUAUGAUGAAACCUACCUACCCAGUGAGAAAGAAAUCUGUGACUAUGCACGGGGGAUUGGGAUCGAUCCUGAGAAGGAGCCGGAGUUGAUGUGGCUGGCCAAGGAAGGUAUCGUGGCCCCUCUGCCUCCCGAGUGGAAGCCCUGUCAAGACAUUACUGGUGAGAUCUAUUACUUCAACUUCGCCAAUGGCCAGUCGACUUGGGACCACCCAUGCGAUGAGCACUACCGGGAGCUCGUGGUCCAGGAGCGGGAGAAGCUCUCAGCCCAUGGUGACACCAAGAAAAAGGACAAAAAGAAGAAAAAAGAAAAGAAGGAAAAGAAAGACAAGAAAGAGAGAGAGCUGCUGAAGCCGGCUGCUGCUCCCCUGGGGAAUCUUGCUCCGCUACGUGGUCUGGUGGAUGUUCCUGCCAGUGCGCUCCGUGGCCCGCUCAGUGCUGCUGUGGGAAACUUUGUGGAACCCAGUCCAGGGAUCAGAGGUGGAAUUGGGCCUGCACAGACCCUUAAAGCCACUGGCCAAGCCAAGAGCCUGCUGGGGUUCAUCCACGAGAAGAAGGACUUCUUAAAUCUCAUGACUCUAGAUGAAGGAGAAAAUGAAGAUGAAGAGAGUGAGAAUCAGAGUCUGCGAGGAACAGCAGGAUUGCUCCAAAAUGUGCACGUGGACAUCAGUGCCCUGGGAAGCAGUUUCGAUUAUGAGGGCAGCUGCAAAGCAGAGGAGGACGGCCGUGGCAGCCGGUUAGCUGACGUCACAGAACCCGAGCUCCAGCACCGGAGGAAUUCUGCCGAUGAAAAGGGAAGUCUGAGAGAGAAGGAAUCUUUACAAGCAAGACAUACUGAAGGAGAGGAGUCCUCUGCUGGUGCGUGCCCUCCGACUCCAGAUAAACUACUCUACAGAGAUGCUGACAGCAGCCUGUCUGGCCUAAACAAAGAGGAGUGUGAUGGGAAACCCCCUGGGACUGAGCUAAUGGAAAAGGAGGAUGCUAAGGUAGAAGGUGAAAUCUCAGCAGCUCAGGAGCAGCCAGGCACUCUCGGGGAGAAGACGACAGCGGGGACGGACGCGCCCAGCAGUCAUGGGCCGUCCAGCGCUGCAUCUCCAGAUGCGGGAGCUGCUGAGGCAGAUCAGCCAGCAAGCCUGGCGGUCACUGUUGACACUGUGUCCAUCGAUGGGAAGGUUGCAAGUGAAACGAGGGAAGAAGCAGCUGAUUUGCAAACAGACAGCAAGCUGGAGGCUGGAGAAGACUCUGAGGCCAGCGAGCGUGGGAAGGAUGCGCCCCUUGCUAACCAUGUGGAUCGCCAGCUGCUGCAGGUUAUGGACUUUGGCUUCCAAAGUCGGCUCUCCGAACAGGUGCUGGAUGUGGACGCUCUGUCUCCUGUCCAGGAUGGCUCUGAGCUGGAGGCCCGGGAACUGGGAAAAGAGGAGAAGGACCGGAGCCAAGCCAGCAUAGAGGAAGAGCAAAGCAAAAGGACCCAGAGUGCUGCGGGAUGUGGGAGUAGCGAUGUGGACGUGCCUGCCAACAUUUCCAGCUGUGACUUGGAUGCAGUGCAACUGGAGGAGGGGACCCAGCAAGCAGAGUCCUCACACCAGCCUGCAGAGAAGCCCCUGGAGGGACCUGCCAAGGAGCUGGGGGAGGAGGACACUCAUCUUCUGCAAGCAAAGAGGGAGGAAGUUCAGCAGCUCCGGGAAAAGCUGAGGCAAAAGGAGGAGGAGGAAGCUCAGGAGCUUCGUCAGCAGAAAGAGAAAUCCCUCAGGUCUCUAAAAGAAGAGCUAGCAAAGGCCACUGAGGAGGAGGAGCUUUGGCUGCGAGAGGAACAGAGCAAGAAGCUCUCUAAGCUGCGAACCCAGAUCAGCGCGGAGACAGAGGCAGAGAAGGAGAAAAUCAGGGCAGAGCAAGAAGCUGCAUUACAGAAGCUGAGGGAGGAGUAUGAAUCCCUGCAGAAGUCAGAGAGAGAGAGUGCAGAGGAGACGAAGAAAUGUGCUUUGGAGAAGAUAAAGCUGGAAGUGGAGGAGGCUCAGCAGAGAGAGAGGAUGGGGCUGGAGCAAGAAAAGGAGCGAGUCCUGAAUGAGAUAAAGGAGAGAUUAGAAAGAGAAAGAAAAGAGGCUGCUGAGGUGUUAGAGAAGCAGUUUGCAGCUGAGCUCCAGCAGCUGAAAGCUGCAGCAGAGGAGGAGCACCAAAAGGUCGUUGCCAGCCUGCAGAAGCAAGUAGAAGAGACUCAGAGGAGUGACGAGACCCAGCUACGGGAGGCGCUGGAGAGAGCAGAGCAAAAAGUCCAGCAAAAAGCUUAUCACCUAACCGAGUAUGAGAGAGAGCUCAGUGAGCUCAUGAAAGAGAAGCGCCAGGAAGUGGAGCGAGAUCAUGAGAGGAAGCUGGAAAGGAUGAAAGCGGAGCACCGGGAGGUCCUGGCAAGGAUCCAGGAGCAGUACGAGGAGGAGGAGAGAAAGCAGAGAGCACAGAGGCUUGGGGCGCUGACGAGCGAAAUGGAGCGUCUCCGGCAGCUCCACGACGGGGAGCUGCGGGCUUUGCGGAAGGAACUGGAUGAGCAGCUCAAUGACCUGCGGCGCAGCCACCAGGAGCAGGAGAGAAAACUCCAGGACUUGGAAAUCGAGCUCGACCUGCGAGCACGAGAGGCCAAGGCCAGGUCAGCUCAGCUCCACAGCCAGGAGGAUACCAUAAGGAAGAAAAGGCAGCAGCUACUGGAUGAGGAGAAACUGCUGGAGCAGGAGAGAACUGAGGUGGUCUUGGCUGCUCAGCUCCGCUUGGAGGAGUCUCGGAAGGAGCACACAGACCUCAUGGAAGCCAUCCGAAAGCUGCGCUGGACUCUGCAGGAGCUCCAAGAUCAAAAAGCUGAACUAGAGUCUCAGGUGGACUUGUUGCAGUCCCGAAGCCAGAGGCUGCAGAAGCGAAUCAGUGAGCUAGAGGCAGCCAUCAGGAGCAAGCAGGACUUGCUGAAGGAGCUAGAAGCAGAAGACAGCACAGCAUCUCCGCGAAGGGAAGCUGAGCUCCACAUUGAGGACCUGAAAGAGACGAUCCGCGCUCACUCCUCAAGACAGACGGCUCCCCUGCCCUUGCAGAGUCACGAAGAUGGCGACCUCUGGCUUGAUGACGUACGGCACUACAUCUCCGCACAAGGCAUCUCCAUCAGGAACGCCAAGGAGUUCCUGGAGCGCCAGACUCGCUCCAUGAGCAAGAGGCGCACGGCGCUGAAGGCCGCGAGGCAGCAGUGGCGUCACGACAUGCAGCAAGUGCAGGAGGCAGUGCAGGAUCCUGACAGCUCGCAGCUGCUGGAGGAUGUGCGCCAGAACCUGGAGGAGGAAGCAAAGCAGUUGGACAAGAUGAAGUCAGCCAUGAGGACAGGACAGGUGCUGUUGAAGAAGAAGGAGGAGAAACUGACCCAGCUGGAGUCUUCGCUUGUGGAAGAGGUAUCUGACGAAGACACCCUGAAGGGAGCUGCAUGCAAGAAGGUGGUGACCUUUGACCUCAGCGAUUCAGAGGACACAAACAGCGUGGCCAGCUCCGACGUACCUCAGCAUACACGUGACUUGAACCCACCUCUCCAGCUCCCCCAGCCCGACAGGAUCCAGCACCUCACAGACUCCCUGCGGCGCAUCAGCAGCGAGCUGAGCGGAGUCCUCAGCAUCCUGGGCUCCCUGAGUCAUCAGCAGUCUCCUCUCUUUGCCUCCACAACGGUGCCACUGUCCCCACUGCCCAGGGAUGGCAUCCCGCUUUCCACGUACACGUCGCUGGCAAGAGUCCAAGCUGCUGGCCCCCUCGUGCCUCCUGCCAGUCUUCCUCUGGCAAACCAGUGGCCAUGGAGCACUGGUCUCCACUCCGGCCUGUCUUCCACAGCCAGCCAGUCAGUGGACAGCAUGCUGGCAGAGAAGUGGCGCAAGUAUUUCCCAGGCGGGUUCCCGCUGUUCAAUGGAAGCUCUGCCCCUCCGGACAGCAAACUAGGUUACCUGCCUGCUGGCGAGCAAGUCCGCUUGUACCAACGCUCCCAGGUGUGGAGCCCUGAGGCAGACAAGACGAGCAUCCAGGGAAUGAUUGAUGCCAACAAGAGAUGGCUGGAAAAUUUCAAGAAGGAUUCAAAAGUGCCUCUCUUCCCAAGCACACAGAAGCUGUCUGUGAGCAGCCCAGACCUGGUGCAGCUUGGGCUGGACGAAAACAACCAGAUUAAAGUGUAUCACUACUAAGAGGUCGUGGACCCUCCGGAGAGACGUGGCAGUCCCAGCCCUGUGCUCCACAAGUGCCUGGUGAGGUGGCGACGUGGCUGCAGUCCCCUGCAAUACACGGUACGGCAGAAAUCCACAGGGCUCUUUCGCUUUGCCCUUGAAAUAAAGUCUCUCCUUCCAGGAGAGUGGAGGAGGGAGGAAGCAAACUUCCCCAGUGGAUUCUUUUAAUCCUGUAAUGUGUCCAAAUAUACUUUAUAGACUGUUUAAUCCAGUGGUGAAAUAUCAGGGCUUCAAUAAAUCAACAGUUCCCUCAUUAGUAUUCCAGCGAUCACAUGAUGAAGCUGUGAAUCACCGAGGACUUUGAAUAACGUGUUGAGGGGAGGAGGUGAAUUCCAACAGAAAACUGUCGCCAGAGGAAAUAUGCAGGAAAUGAAUGCCCUGUUGAUGCACAACAGACAUUGGUGUCAGGUGAACUCAGUCACCAGCCCUCUGUGAGACAUCCUUGAGCUUGGGAGCAUGAAAAGCGAAAUGUCUGCAAUUAUGUUUUUUACACUGAAGUACAGAAUCGAGAGCAAUGGAGGUGAGAGCCUCUGGGCCCCGCGCCGGGCCAAGCCGAUGCCACGUUUGUCUCCUGGACCCGUCCUCUUGCCACCUCCACCUAGGGACACCAGGGUUUCCUUUCAUGCUGAAUGUUGAGUGUAUUUCUAGCAGAAAAUGUUUACGAGGUUUUGCAGUGCCUCAGUCAUGAGGCUCAGCCAUCGCUCAGGGGGCAGCAGAGGCAAAGCCUCUGGGACCGUUUCUCUUUGUCAGGCAGAAGCCAGGUGGUGCUCAGCAGGGCCGCCUUACCUGGCAUAUGCUGGGGAGGGGACCACCCCUGCCAGAACUGCCUGGGUCUGAUCAGGACUGUUCUCAGAGCCUGUUUUGGGAGCCCACGUGCAUCCCCUCACUCGCCUGAGAAGGCCUGCCUGACACAGAGCCCAUGGCCAUUUGCACUAGUGCAUCUGUCGGUGCUGGCAUCAGCAGAGCUGGUUUGGGAUGAGGCGAGUGGCCAUGACUCUGUAUACCUUCCCUGCAGUGCCCAGGACACCUACGCUGAGCAGUCCUACAGCUGGGGUCCAGGCCUGGGCCUGGCACCGUGGGUCCAUCCCCCGGGCAGCGAGGCUGAGGCCAGAGCUGAGGUUGAUGGUGCAUGAGGCAAAGUAAUGCCCGGCUCUGAGCCAAAGCCUGCUGUGAGGUGACUCCACUGGGCUUUGGACCCGUCCCGCAGGCACUUGGAGUUGUUUGGUGAUUAAAACCCCCCUGCCCUCCAGACAUCUCGGCAGCAGGAGGAUGCAGGGAGGCAGCAUGGGCUGGUGUUUGAUUGGUGUCUUAUCCACGCAUCCUCUGCACCGGCGUUUGCAAAACAUUGAUACCCACAAGUGCUGCUCGUGCCGUCAUUUUGGCACGAAGAGUCUGCAUUAAGGGGAUACCCAUUGGUGAGAGAGAGUCUGUGCAAACCACUCGCAUGCAAGGAGAUGGCUCCAGGAAGGGCUGUUGACAUGGCUCCUCUUGGAUCGAGAGAUGAGGAGAGGAAAGCGGAGCGGGGAGGGGGACCCUGGUCCGUACGCACUGGCACAUGCUGCGGGGAAUGUCUAGGUGCAAAUAGAAAGCUGUGUCUCUGCUCAGGAUGCUGUUCUUGCAGCAGCUCUGUUUUGUAGCCAUUUUCCACAUAUAUUGCUGCUGUGAGCUGUUCAGACGACCUGCUUCCCUUUACGCAGGGAUUUGGGUGCACAUGGGUGAAGAGAUGGGUCUGAACGUAGGGUCCUUCCCUGGCUGAGAAGGCAGAGGGCUGGCGAUGUCUCUGGGAGAUGCCGGUAUACGACAUACCAUGCUGAGGUCAUUGCUUAAGGAAAGACGCUCCACCUCUGCUGAUUAGCGCUGGUGGACAGAGAUGUUGAAUGCCCGCUGAGCCUGGCACCUUCCCUGCAGACUUUGUCUCGGGACAAGGGUGUGGACCCUAGCGUGGACCCCCCGAAUGUGCUACCAGAUUACACAGAGCCCAAGGCAGGGGGGUGCACUUUGUCCUCCUGCCACCAGAGAAAACCCAGGGAAGCCCCUGACAGCCCCUCUCUCAUCCCGCCUGCCACAGCCCUGAAGGGCUGGCAGCUGCAUGAGCCUCUGCCCGGCACGUGGCUGGAGACUCCAGGCUGUGCGCUGCGGCGAACCAGACACCUCAGUAGGGAUAAAAGCCUAUUUUAUUAAUGAGAAUGCUGUGCUUCUGAAUCAGGUUUAUUUUUCCCUUUGAAUUUUGUGAUAUCAGCUGUAUCUUUUAUAUAUAAAAUAAAUCUGCAUAGGCCUAUUUUG